UACUGUUAGGGCAUCUUGGAAACAAAAGACGCCACAGCAAGUGUUCCGUCUUUGAACACGUUUGUGAAUGAAACUGUUUUAGGUAGCCCGUGGUUUUAGGAAUGCAGUUUCUAGUAAGGUAUUCUGUGUUGACUUUCAUUGGAGAAAAUGUAUAUCGUUACACCAUUUUUAACACGACAGAAGCUUCAGCUACGAUGUAAUUAAAUAUUCUCCUGUGACACGCGUUAUAUGAACUUUAAAUAGAGACAAUGUCUCACAAUGCUAGAGGCAGAUUACGCCCGCUUGGAUCAAUAAGGGCCAAUCUUAAAUCAGGAGGAUCUGAGAAAAUUCCCAAAAUCCCCUCUGCUUCCUCUACAAAUUCCAGCAUUUCCAAAGCCAACCUGGAGAUUUCUAAUCACGGAAUCCUAGGAAAUGCUUUGGCUGUUCCGCCACCAAAGGAAAAAGAAAAGAAGGAGGAGAAAGUGAAAGUACAGUCAGCAAAGUCAGACUCUGGCUCCAGCACAAAAUCCCAGGAAUCGGAGUAUAAGAAAGAAUUGCAGGAAGCUAAGGCACGGGAAAAGGAUUUGUUGAAGCAGAUCGCCGAGUUGAAAAAACUAAUUGAGGAACUUAAAAAGCAAAUUCAGGAGAGAGAUGAAACAAUAGAUGUGCUACAGUCGGACAUAAAAUCUCAGGAAGAAAACCUCAUGGGACAGAUCAACAAAGAGAAAACAGAGCAUGAAGACACAAAACAGUCCCUUCAGGGAGCUCGAUCAGAAAUUGACGAGCUUAGAGCUCAGAUCGAAAAAAUCAGCAAGGACAAUGAAGAACAGAUAGAAAAGCUCAAAAAAGAGCUUGAGGAAAAGAUAUUAGAAGUGACUACCUCCAAAGAUAAGGAAAUAAAGAUCAGAGAUGAGAAAUUAACAAGGUUAAAAAACCAAAUGGCAGAUGCCUUAAAGGGAAAUUCAUGGGAGAGACAGCAGCAGUUGGAGGAAUUGACCAAAGAACUGGCUCGAAUACAGGAAGAGUGUGAUGCUCUCAGAAUGAGGCUCAAAGCCUCCAAAUCUAAGGGAGGAAAUUGCCCAAACUGCCAGGAGAUGACAGCAAAGUUGGAAAAAUUCAACACUUCCAUCAAGGAAAAAGACCAAGCAAUCAAAGAACUGAAAUCACUGUGUGCUAAGUUUGAGAAACAGCUAACUCAACAAGAUGUUCUGUUAAAACAGUGGUCAGAGUCUAAAGGUCACAAGGUCAAUUAUAAUCCUAAAUAGUGACUUAAAAACAUCCCUUAGAUGGACUUAUUUGUAGACGUGUUCAAAUUUGAAUAUCAAUUUCAUGCAAGAAUGUCGACCGUUAUAUUAUAAUAUCAAUUUGUUAUGUUGUAAUAUUCCAGGUACUCCUAUUUAACUGUAAACAUUGGUUUUUCAUAGCAAUGUACUUAAUUUCUUGGAAAUACAAUAUACAAGUACACAAUGCUAACAGAAAUUGACAAGUUUCUCAGUAUUAUUUUGAUACACAAAAGUAUUCAGACGAAAGUAUUCAUGUUGGUGAUUUGAAACGUUCUUGGAGAUGAAUUGAAUAUCCGUCCAAUGCAUAAAGCCAUUUUUGCAGCCAAAGAUUGAAUUAGCAGAUUGUAAUUAUUUGUUAACAAAGAUGGUAUAAUCCCAGUUCUGUAUAUGCUACUGUCCACAGGUACCAAGCUUGUCUGAAAAUUUUGACCCCUGCUAUAAUUGUAUAAUACUAGGGGUCAAACUUUUUUAGGUGAGCUUGAUGGCGGUGUUACUACCAAAUUGUUUUCAACUGAGUCAUGAAAAAUUAUUGAUAAUUUAUUCCUCCAAAGAACUGCAUUUUGGGUGUUACCAUUAGCAGCGAUAUUUCAAUAUACUUAUACAUCGUGCAGCAGUUUUUCAUGUAAUAAGGUUCAUAAGAUCUGGGUGCUUUCUGAUUAUUAUAUGAUAGAAAAAUUCAAAACUUAUAAUUUAUUCUAGAUAUUCCGAAUGUCUGUUAUUUCUUACAGUUUUGGUAUCUUUAUCUGGUUUUGAAAUACCUUAAAUUUUGAAGAUUUCAUAGUACAUUAUGCUAUUUUGUCAGUGAUUCAUCAUAUUGCCUCUUAUUUGAUGUGAACGACUUAACACACAAGAAUGCUGUAAGUUUGGUUCAUCAUGACCAUAUUGCGUUGUUGGAAAUUUUAACAAAAAAUAAAAAAGACUGACCUUUACAAUUACAAAAUGUACUAUUGCCCAUUCCCUCCAACUUGCCAAAUGUUUUCAAUAAGGAAUAAUAUUACUAUAUACAAAUUACAAUGUAGUAGAUUGGGCCAAAAGAUAAUUUAAUGUUCAUUGAUUUAUUUAUCUUCCUGCAAACAGAAGUAUGUGAGAAUGACUAGAACAUGAGCAACUUUGUCAGCUGGUAUAUUGUGGUGAGAGAAAGAAAGAAAGAUGUGUUAUUUAUCUUUGUCUUAGAAUGUUUCUGGAUCCUACUCAUCAAUGAAUUAAUGCAGGAAAGCAUUUUCACAUUCUUGAUUUCACUCACUCUCUCUGACAUUCUGAUUUUCCUAUUCAGUGCUUUAUUUUUUAAAAAGAAUCUAAUUUGAAGUAUAGAUUUUUGAACAAUUUGUGGCAGAAUUCAACAUCUAAUCUGGUAAUUCCAGGUCGUGUAAUCCUAUUUUACACCUGGUGAACAGCAAGGAUAUUCAGAAAUAAGGAAAACUCUGAAACUGUUUUGUGUAACCAGAUUAAUUCACCUGUUUACUAUUGAGUAUUUUAUAUUUAUGGGUCUAUUAAAUGUUAAAUAUACCUGGUUGACUGUGAUAUUUAAUUAAAUGUGAUCAGGUGAAUUUUAUGUGCGUUUAUUUUCUAAAAAUAUUUUAAUGUACUUAGAGCUUUUAUCCUCAAUGUGAAUAUGGAGAAAGGGGCCUUAUUUUAAAUAUGUUUAGAAAAAUUACCAUUUUAUGUAUAUUUUAGUGGGUUUUUUUAAAAUGAAAAUUGAAUUUCCUGUCCUUAUUAUUAUAUUUUUCUUUAUGUCUGGUAUUUAAGUUUUGUAUUGUGACAACUACCGCAGAAUAAAAUUCUAAUCAAUAAUCUUUG